AGAUUCAGGUUUGUUGAUCCCCGUUGUCGAUGCCUGAGAAGACAUAUACUGCGGCUGAAGUGGCCACUCACAACAGCGAGAGUGAUUGUUGGGUUAUUAUCGGUGAUGAAGUUUACGACGUGACCGAGUUCUUGCCCGACCAUCCUGGUGGAAAGAAGGCGAUCCUGUUGUUCGCUGGCAAGGAUGCGACCGAAGAGUUCGACAUGCUACAUGAGCGUAAGGUCAUCAAAAAGUAUGCCCCCAAGGCUCAUCUAGGGAGGCUCGCCAAGUAAGGUGGCAUCAUGAGCUUAUACCUAAUGUUGUUGCCUGCGAGGUGACGAAAGAUUUGUUGAAACAGAACUAUAGUUGUUUUUUAUAUUACUAGUUGCAUCAACAUAUUU